GGGCCGUCAGGGCAGUGCGGGCCCGUGAGGGCAGUGCGGGCCCGGGCACUGAGGGCGGUGCGGGCCCGGCCAUGCGGGCCGCGCUCACCUGGCGCGACAGGGCCGAGCAGUGUAUUUACGACCUCGCGUUCAAGCCGGAUGGGACCCAGCUAAUAGUUGCUGCUGGAAACAGGCUGCUGGUAUAUGAUACUUCUGAUGGAACCCUAAUUCAGCCUUUGAAAGGACAUAAGGACACUGUGUACUGUGUGGCUUAUGCCAAAGAUGGCAAGCGUUUCGCAUCUGGCUCUGCUGAUAAAAGUGUGAUAAUUUGGACUUCAAAGUUAGAAGGAAUUCUGAAGUACACGCAUAAUGACUCUAUCCAGUGCAUUUCAUACAAUCCUCUCACUCAUCAGCUGGCAUCCUGCUCGUCUGGGGAUUUUGGCUUGUGGUCUCCUGAACAGAAGUCAGUCUCUAAACAUAAAACAAGCUGUAGGAUCACCUGCUGUAGCUGGACAAAUGAUGGCCAGUAUCUUGCUUUGGGGAUGUUCAACGGCAUUGUCAGCAUAAGGAACAAAAAUGGGGAUGAGAAAGUAAAAAUAGAACGUCCAGGGGGUUCCUCCUCUCCAAUAUGGUCAAUUUGUUGGAAUCCUUCCAGUAGGUGGCAGAAUUUUUGGAGUAGAGUAGAUGAAGAAGAGGAGGAGUCAGUUUGCAGCUAUUUAGAGGAGAUCCCAGUACUGGAAUCCAGGCCUGGCAGUAGGCAGGAUAGUCAGCCAGAGAAGAAAGACCACGAGGAACAGGAGUCCCCUUUCAACUUAGAUGAACGCAAUGACAUUUUAGCCGUGGCAGACUGGGGUCAGAAACUUUCCUUUUACCACCUGAGUGGCAAGCAGAUUGGGAAGGACAGAGAGCUCGGUUUUGAUCCGUGCUGUGUCAGCUACUUUACCAAAGGAGAGUAUCUCCUGCUGGGAGGGUCGGACAGGCAGGUUUCUCUCUUCACGAAGGACGGCGUGCGCCUGGGCACCCUGGGAGAGCAGAGCAGCUGGGUGUGGGCCUGCAGAGUUAAACCAGACUCCAACUAUGUGGCAGUAGGAUGCCAGGAUGGCACAAUCUCCUUCUACCAGCUGAUCUUCAGCACUGUCCAUGGCCUCUAUAAGGAUCGCUACGCCUACAGGGACAGCAUGACUGACGUUAUUGUCCAGCACCUCAUCACGGAACAAAAAGUUAGAAUAAAAGGCAGAGAGCUUGUGAAAAAAAUUGCAAUCUACAAAAACAGAUUAGCCAUCCAGAUGCCAGAGAGAAUCCUGAUUUAUGAGCUGUACUCGGAUGACUCUGCAGAUAUGCACUAUCGGGUGAAGAAAAAGAUUGUAAAGAAAUUUGAAUGUAACUUGCUGGUGGUGUGUUCAGAUCACAUUAUUUUAUGCCAGGAGAAGAGAUUGCAGUGCCUCUCAUUUAGUGGUGUUAAAGAACGAGAAUGGUUGAUGGAAUCUCUUAUUCGUUACAUUAAAGUAAUUGGAGGACCCCCAGGAAGAGAAGGCCUCUUAGUUGGCCUAAAGAAUGGUCAGAUCCUGAAGAUCUUCGUGGAUAACCCCUUCCCGAUCGUGCUGCUGAAGCAAUCCACGGCCGUGCGCUGCCUGGACAUGAGCGCGUCGCGCAAAAAGCUGGCUGUGGUGGAUGAGAACGACACCUGCCUCGUCUAUGACAUUCAUACCAAAGAGUUGUUGUUUCAGGAACCCAAUGCUAACAGCGUGGCCUGGAAUACCCAGUGUGAGGAUAUGCUUUGCUUUUCUGGAGGAGGAUAUCUCAAUAUCAAAGCUAGUAACUUCCCUGUCCACCAGCAAAAACUGCAAGGCUUUGUUGUGGGUUACAAUGGCUCCAAGAUCUUCUGCCUUCAUGCUUUCUCUAUGUCAGCUGUUGAAGUUCCGCAGUCUGCACCCAUGUAUCAAUAUCUGGAACGAAAAAUGUUUAAAGAAGCCUAUCAAAUUGCGUGUUUAGGAGUGACUGAUGCUGACUGGAGAGAGCUGGCCAUGGAAGCCUUGGAAGGGCUGGAGUUUGAAACUGCUAAAAAGGCAUUUACCAGGGUACGAGACCUUCGAUAUUUAGAACUGAUCAGCAGCAUAGAGGAGCGGAAGAAACAUGGAGAGAACAACAAUGACCUGUUCCUGGCAGAUGUUUAUGCCUACCAGGGAAAAUUCCAUGAGGCAGCGAAGCUGUACAAAAGGAGUGGCCAUGAAAAUCUGGCCCUGGAGAUGUACACUGACUUACGCAUGUUUGACCACGCAAAGGAUUUUCUGGGAUCUGAAGACCCCAAAGACACAAAGAUGCUAAUAAAAAAACAAGCAGACUGGGCCAAGAACAUCAAUGAGCCAAAGGCAGCAGUAGAGAUGUACCUCUCUGCCGGCGAGUACAUGAAGGCCAUAGAGAUCAGUGGGGACAACGGCUGGGUGGAUAUGUUAAUUGAAAUUGCUCGAAAACUGGAUAAAGCUGAGCGGGAGCCUUUGGACAAGUGUGCCUUCUAUUUUAAGCAACUCGAUAACCCUGGCUACGCCGCAGAAACCUACAUGAAGGUUGGUGACCUGAAAGCAUUGGUCCAGCUCCACGUGGACACUCAUCACUGGGAAGAAGCAUUAGCUCUGAGUGAAAAGCAUCCUGAAUUCAAAGAUGAUGUCUAUGUCCCUUAUGCCCAGUGGCUGGCAGAGAAUGAUCGAUUUGAAGAAGCCCAAAAAGCGUUUCACAAGGCUGGCAGGCAGACAGAGGCUGUGAAGGUGCUGGAGCAGCUCACGCACAACGCUGUAGUUGAAAGCAGAUUUAAUGAUGCAGCCUAUUAUUAUUGGAUGCUUUCUGUGCAGUGCUUAGACAUAGCCCAAGAGAAUGAACAGCAGAAGACUGAAAUGUUGCAGAAGUUUCAUCGCUUCCAGCAUUUGGCAGAAGUUUACCAUGCCUAUCACUUCAUUCACAGAUACACUGAAGAGCCUUUCAGCUUCAACUCGCCUGAAACCCUCUUCAAUAUUUCCAGGUUUCUGCUUCACAGCUUAACAAAGGAGACUCCUUUGGGAAUCUCAAAAGUCAAGACAUUACUUGCCCUGGCAAAGCAGAGUAAGGCUCUUGGUGCAUAUAAACUGGCUCGUCAUGCCUAUGAGAAGCUUCAGGGACUGCAUAUCCCAGCCAGGUUCCAGAAAUCCUUUGAGCUGGGCAGCCUGACAAUCCGAUCCAAGCCAUUCCAUGACAGUGAAGAGCUCCUGCCCCUGUGUUACAGGUGCUCCACCAACAACCCUCUGCUGAAUAACCUGGGGAACGUCUGCAUUAACUGCAGGCAGCCUUUUGUCUUCUCGGCCUCCUCCUACGAGGUGCUGCAUCUGGUUGAGUUCUAUGUGGAAGAUGGCAUCACGGAUGAAGAAGCUGUAGCUCUCAUAGAUCUUGAAGCUCCAAGAGUGAGUAAAAGAGAGAAUAAAUGGCAAGAGAUGAUGAGUGACUAUGGCCAAAGUUUGAGGCUUGAUGACAGUACAGAUAUUAUUGAGGAUGAUGAUCCCUUUACAGCAAAACUGAGCUUUGAGCAGGGAGGCUCCGAGUUCGUGCCGGUGGUGGUGAACCGCGCUGUGCUGCGGUCGAUGAGCCGGCGGGACGUGCUGGUCAAGCGCUGGCCGCAGCCGCUGCGCUGGCAGUACUACCGCUCCCUGCUGCCCGACGCCUCCAUCACCAUGUGUCCAUCCUGCUUUCAGAUGUUUCACACAGAAGACUAUGAGCUCCUCAUACUCCAGCAUAAUUGUUGUCCGUUCUGUCGACGGAGAAGAGAUGAGUCAAACCAAUGAAGGAAACCAGUCUUUCAUCUCAACAACAGUCUCUCCUGUUGGCUUGGCAAAACACUUCUUAGAUCCAUAAAGCUUUCCUAACGACUUAGGAAAGUCAGUCAUCUUGCUCUAUUUUGUUUGUAAGAGUUGAAGACAUGUAACUAUUUUUUUAAAUUAAAAUGUCUGUUGUUUGUGAAUGUGCUUUGCAUUUCCCAGGCAAGCAGCUGAAGUGCCAUAGAAUUUUGCAGGAAUGUUUCUAGGGUCAAGUUCAGACUUUAAUUGUUUUUACUCCAGAUUAUGUUAGGAUUUGAUUUGCUUCUUAAUACACACCUGUUAUUGACAGAUCUUCAAAUAAAUGGGACUGUUUUUCACUA